AGAUUCAAAACAGAACUUCCAAUUCCAAAUUGUAAGAUCAACCAUGAAAUCGACUCAAGUUCAAGACCCCACCCAUAAAAAGAUCCUAUUAACCUCUCUCUCCGCCAUGGUGGCCGAGACAACCACCUUUCCCAUCGACAUUACCAAGACCAGACUCCAACUUCACUCCUCAUCCACCACCGCCAAAGCCAACGCCGCCGCAUCAAACGCCUUUAAAGUGGCUAUUAACAUUGUAAGAAACGAAGGUUUUCUGGGUUUAUACCAAGGUUUAUCCCCUGCUAUCAUCCGCCAUCUCUUCUACACUCCUAUUCGAAUUGUGGGUUACGAGUAUUUGAGAGGUGUUGUUCUUGUUGCUCAAAAUCAACAUUCUGAUGCUGUUUCUGGCUCCUUUUCUCUCUCCUCCAAGGCCCUUGUUGGAGGCUUAUCUGGGGUUAUUGCUCAGGUGGUAGCAAGCCCAGGUGAUGUAGUUAAAGUUAGAAUGCAAGCAGAUGGUCGUUUGAUCUGUCAAGGUCUGCAGCCCAGAUACCAUGGCCUUAGAGAUGCUUUUAGCAAGAUAAUUUGUGCAGAGGGUUUCGGAGGACUUUGGAAAGGGGUGUUCCCGAACAUGCAAAGAGCAUUUUUAGUAAACAUGGGGGAAUUGGCAUGCUAUGAUCAUGCAAAGCAUUUAGUAAUUAGAAAUCAGAUAGCAUAUGACAACAUAUAUGCUCAUACCCUAGCUUCUAUAAUGUCAGGCCUCUCAGCUACAACCUUGAGCUGUCCAGCUGAUGUAAUAAAGACAAGAAUGAUGAAUCAAACAGCAAGUAAGGAUGGUAAACUCAUGUAUAAAAAUUCUUAUGAUUGUUUGGUGAAGACAGUUAAGCUGGAAGGAGCAAAGGCAUUAUGGAAGGGGUUCUUUCCUACAUGGGCAAGGCUUGGUCCUUGGCAGUUUAUGUUUUGGGUCUCUUAUGAGAAUUUUAGGCAGAUUGCUGGCCUAUCUUCUUUCUGAUGUUUCAGUCUCAGAAAUUUAGGCAUCUUUUCUACACAAGAGAUUCGUUUGAUUGUUUGCUGAAUACACUUUGUAUUCUUUCAUAAUAAUAUAUGUAGUUACAAGUUACAACUCCCUCAUAAUUCUGACCUUGUCAAACUUGGAGUAUUUCUCAUACUGGUUGUUGGACUUGAUUUAA